UUAUAAACUCAAUUAACAAAUUUCAAUAUUUGAAUUAAAAUCAUAUUAAAUUAAAAUCAAUUUUAGCAUAAUGAUGUUAUUAAUUUUGCUUGCUACUUUUUUAACUUUUACAACAAAUUCAUUGCAAUUGUCAACUAAUUAUGAAGAUGUUAAUGAAUUAAUUAAUUACAUCAAUAAUCUGAACACAACGUGGAAGGCCGGUAAAAACUCGUAUACGUCGGAGGACAUCAAAGUAAGGUUGGGUGCAUUGGAGGAACCGGAUCUGGUUUUUCUCAAACAUGAAAUCGAUGAAAAUAUUGAAAUCCCCGAGUCGUUUGAUGCCCGGGAAGAGUGGCCUCAUUGUGAGUCUAUUAAGGAAAUUAGAGAUCAGGGCUCAUGUGGUUCGUGUUGGGCCUUAGCAGUGGUGGAGGCCAUCUCUGACCGCAUAUGUAUUGCCACUAAAGGACAACAACAGGUGGAAAUAUCGGCCGAAAAUUUGAUUGCAUGUUGCGAUACGUGUGGUAUGGGAUGUAUGGGCGGUUGGUCUUUUGCUUCGUGGGACUUCUAUGUCAAUACAGGUUACGUGACGGGUGGUCUAUACAAUAGCAAAAAGGGAUGUCAGCCCUACAGUAUAGCUGGUUGUGGUUCUGGUCCUCUGCCGCCCUGUAAGAAAGUGUUAGAACCAACCCCUCAGUGUCAACACAAAUGCAUUGACGGAUAUAACAUGACUUAUGCUGAAGACAAACAUUACGGUAAAAAGUCAUACGGUUUCUCAAAUGAUAAUAAAGCUCUUCAGAUUGAUAUCAUGCAAAACGGACCGGUCGUCACCUCAUUCACCGUUUACGACGAUUUUGCUAUUUAUAAGUCCGGUGUAUAUCAACGAACAUCUGGACAAGUGGUCGGCGGUCAUGCCGUCAAAGUCAUUGGUUGGGGCGUUGAAAAUGGUGUCGACUACUGGAUUGUGGCCAACUCGUGGAACACCUAUUGGGGAGAUAAGGGCUUCUUCAAGAUUAGGAGGGGUACUAAUGAAUGCAACUUUGAAAUAGACUGACCACCCAAUUUAUUAGUAAACCUGUAUAAUAGUAUAAAAUUAUUAUUUUCACCUGUAUUUUCCUGUAUAUUAAAUAUUAUAUUCCUGUAUGUUA